UCUACCAGUCAGUGGUAAGGCUGCACCAGUGUUUCACUCUGCACAGCAAAGGCAAACCGCUUUCGUGUCAACACAGUCUUCAGUCUUUUCCAUGAACGUCCUCCGGUUUGCUUGUUGUCCAGAAAAGCUAUAAAGACUCACGCAGCCCAGCCAGGAGACGCCAAAUUGUCGUGGAAGUUAGACAACACUCGAAGCCUCGUCCUCUGAAGCAAGGUCAGAGUUAGGAAAGGAGACAUGUCACAAGAGAAGACUGGCUACCCUGUAAUGGGGGAGGACAAACCCCUUCACAAUAAUGUAUACGGCCCAACUCAGCCUGAUGCGUUUGGGAUGCCUCCACCCAACUACAGCCAGGCUCCAGGUGGACUUUCUUACCCAGCACCAGGACCGUAUGGCCAGCCAGGUUUUCCCCAGGGGGCACCAGGGUUUGCUCCUGGACCAUACCCUCAGGUGCCCUUCCCACAAAUGCCAUACCCUCAAGGCCCAUAUCCACAGGGGCCAUAUCCUCAAGGGCCAUACACUCAGGGCCCCUACCAAGGGCCAGGACAGCCUGCUUUUGAUGAAGGGCCCAAUGCUGCCGUGGGCAGUCCCGGGUAUCAUGGUGGAGAUGGGCCUCCUUCAUAUUAUGACAAUGAGGAGUUUGCCAACUGGGAGGACAAGACUAUUCGUCGGGCCUUCAUCAGGAAGGUGUUCAUGGUCUUAACUGUACAGCUGAUGGCGACGUUCUCCUUCGUUGCCGUCUUCACCUUUGCAGAUGAUGUAAAGCUAUUUGUACAACAAAAUCGGUGGAUGUACAUUGCAUCCUAUGUAGUCUUCUUCAUUUCUCUCAUCGCGCUCAGCUGCUGUGGAGAAUUCCGACGCAAACACCCCUGGAAUUUGGUGGCACUGUCUAUUCUGACUCUCAGCCUGUCCUACAUGGUGGGGAUGAUCGCCAGCUUCUAUGACACAGACACAGUCAUCAUGGCAGUGGGCAUCACAGUAGUAGUGUGCUUCACGGUGGUGCUUUUCUCCCUUCAGAGCAAGUAUGACUUCACUUCCUGCCGGGGUGUGCUCUUUGUGUGCCUCAUCGUGCUCCUCGUUUUCGCCAUCCUCUGCAUGUUUAUCCGUAACAAGAUCCUGCACAUCGUCUACGCCUCCCUGGGGGCUCUGCUCUUCACCUGUUUCCUUGCUGUAGACACUCAGCUUCUUCUAGGCAACAAGAAGCUGGCACUGAGCCCAGAGGAGUACAUCUUUGCUUCUCUGAACCUCUACACUGACAUCAUCAACAUCUUCCUCUAUCUCCUGGCCCUCGUGGGACACGCCCGGGACUGAGCAAAAAUAGAUCAAUUUUAAAAAAAAACAAACAAACAACAAAAAAACCCAUCACUCACACAGUGAUUACAUUGCACUCGUUCUCUCAUCUUGUCUCUCAGUAUGUGUAGACCCUUCGUUCCAUAAUUCCCCCGGGUUUAUCAGAUAUGCAGCGUGGCCAGACCAAUAGCUCUAUGCAUCCAGCAGGCCUGGCGUGGAUCACAGCAAAAGGAAGGGCGUAUUUGUAAAACUUAUUUAUUUGAAAAUCCAUCAUGUCGUCUGCUUGCUCGGCCCCUGAAACGGCUUCUGUGCAUUCAGAAAAGGUACAGUGUAGUAUGACUCACCAAUCGUAUCUAAGCAGCAUGAACAGACAUCUUUCUUCCCCUGACCCCUGCAAGCUUGGCUCUCUGCCUGAUAAUGCUAGCACUGCAUUAACUGAGAGGAAGGAAAGCAGGAAGUUGGCAGAGAGAGCAGUGAUGUAUUGUGUAGAGAAACAGAUCCUCAAAAUGGGAAGCUAAAUCAGUUCUGUUCACUCUGACCAGUCCAUGUGCUGGUAAAGUCUGCAUGGUAAUCUAAAACAAUGAAGAACGAUAAAACUACUCACAUCGGUCCCCUAAUACCUGCAUAAAUGAAAUAGCUGUAAAUAUUGAUAUGAAGAUUCUCCACUCAGCUCAGAGCAUGUCCAUGUAAAUGGCUGUGGGUGCAGCAUGGAGAAACGUGUGACCACCUUUUAGGAAGCAAACACAUAUUAAGCACUCCAGAAGAUCGUUCAUUAUUUAUUACUAACCACAUACUACCAUAUAACCUGUGUACUGUACAUACUGUAUAUUUAUACAUGAUGAUAACUUAUAUGAAACAGGUUUUUUUUUCCUCAAAAUGAAGGAAAGUGUAGUUGUGGCAUCUGUGCUUUUUUGUAUCAUUUGAAAAGCGAAUAUUGAAAGUUCUAUUAGCAUUAUUUCAUACAAUUAUUUAUUCCUCUUUUCCUCCCUUCAUUUUUUUUUUUGGGAUAUGAAUUAUUAUUUUUUUAAAUGUGGUACAAUUGUGUUUUAUUUAUUUAAACUAGCAUGAAACACUUGCAUAGUGGAAUUAUUCUUAUUUUUCCCUUGUAAAGGGUGAGGGUAAAUCCACAGUGUUGCAUCUGUGUGGUUAUUUAUUAACUAUUUAUUACAGGUUACUGUAGCCUGCCGGACUGUGGAUGGCGUGCUUGCGUUUCCUAUUGGGCUCUGUUGUGCAAUCCUCUGUACCACAGGCCAGCGUGAUAUGAGAUUAUUUAGGAUCAUUUCCAGUGUAUCCAUCCUGUCAUGAAUGACCAGGUGCAAAUUGUGUUCCCAGGUCAGCACUUACUCUAGACAGGUGGAUGAGUAAUGCAGUCUGUUUUAACAUUUAGAGCCCCUCGGUUAUGUUGCUUAUAAAUAAGUACAAUCUUUUUUGAGAGUGGAAACCGCCAGAAAGUUGUGUAAACUACAACGAACGCUAUGUAAAAAAAAAAAUAAUAAUAAUAAUAAAUCUGUAAACGUACACAAAUGAGUAAUUUCCUAAUUAGUACAUUAGAACAUGAAUGAGUAAUUGUGGCUUGAAUGUGAUUCAACAAACUCCUCUUGUCUCAGAGCAGUCAGUUCAGUGUAAUAUUACAUGUUCCAGUUGCACGCGCCUUGCAUGUAGAGAUCUGGCACACUGGACUAUUUCAAAGACGUUUGAAGAUCAUAUUGAAUUUUUAUGUGCUGCAGCCCUGUUUUUUCUCAUUUGAUGAAGAGUUUUGUGUUUGUUUCUAACUCAUGUUGAACUGUAGUUGGCUUUGUAGUUCUCUUUGCACUGUACAUGACUGUUUGCAUUUCAUUAAAAGGGGUCAAUCAAAAAAA